AUUUCCAUCACCGAGUAUCUUUCUUCUUCCAGUGCUUCUCUCGAAGGCACAUGCACCCUCCUAUAUAUAUAUAUAUAUAUAAAAAUUAUCACUCAGCAUCCCUUCUCUUAAUCAAUAAUCCUUGCUUUCUUCGAUCGGCGUGGCGGUUUCUUUCUACCCCAACUUGUCGAGCUGUUUAUUAUCUAUAUAGUCAUCAGGAGCAGAGGUUGUAGAAGAUUGAAUCUUUAUCGAUACCAGUAGUGAUUACAAAGUCAUGGUGAGUCCAUUUGGGCAAAUGAGGAACCACGACACGGGUCCACCAUGGUUAAUACCCAUGCUUAGAGCAAGCUAUUUCAUUCCCUGUGCAGUUCAUGGUGAAUCCAAUAAGAGUGAAUGUAAUAUGUUCUGCUUAGAUUGUAUGGGAAAUGCUUUCUGUUCUUAUUGUCUUAUUUAUCACAGAGAUCACCGUGUUGUUCAGAUAAGGCGAUCUUCAUACCAUAAUGUGGUGAGAGUAAAUGAGAUACAGAAGUACAUAGACAUAUCAUGCGUACAGACUUACAUCAUCAAUAGCGCCAAGAUUGUGUUCCUCAAUGAGCGCCCUCAGCCAAGGCCUGGAAAGGGGGUCACCAACACUUGUGAAAUUUGUUGUCGAAGUCUCCUUGAUUCAUUCAGAUUCUGUUCACUUGGAUGCAAGCUGGGAGGCAUGAAGCGGGGUGACCCAGACCUUACGUUUGCGCUAAAAUUGAAGCAAAAUAGGGAUCCGUUCUUUGGUGGGUCGGAAUCAGAUGAGUCCUCAACCCCAAAGAAGAUUCGCAGAACACAUGCUUUCAAUCGUUUGAUGGACGGGCUCUCAAUCUAUUCCUCCAACAAUGAUGGUGCGGAGAGCUCUGGUGAUGAUGCAGCUACCAACAUUUCUCCGGCUACUCCUCCCCUUUUCAAUCAUCGUAAUGCAAGGAGAAGAAAGGGUAUACCUCAUCGUGCCCCAUUUUAAGACUCCAUAACCCUCCCCACCAAAAACAUUAAAAGAAUUGGCAAAACAUUUAGCAUUUACCAGCAGUAAAACGAAAAGAAAUUCUAAAAAUGACGGCAAGGAGGAAGUGGGAUGUGGGGGAAUUUAGGGACAUCUCAAGUUUCUUGUGUAAAUACUAAUAGGAUGGUAGGUGGUGUGUUUUUAGUAGCUAGCUUUGGAGUAAGGGAGUGGUCCCUUCCUAUAGACAUUUAGCAAUUACUGCUGGAAUUGAGUUUCUGGGUCAGGAAUUUUACCAUAUCCAUGCAUGUACAUAUCAUAACAUAUAAAUAUAUAAAUGUGGGGUUUUGGAUUUGUUGGAAAGGGAGCAAUAAAGGAGUGGGCAUUAUGAUAGCAUGGAAUGUAUACAGAACACCGUGGUUUGUCCUUGUGGAUAGUGAUAUUUAAAGUUAUACCUUGUGUUCCGGCA